AUGCCUCCCCCUUUCCGAUCCCUUGCCCGGUCCUCAGCAUCAACUUCUCUUGGGCAGUGCCCUCCCUGUUUUCCUCUCCCUUUCCCCCUGUCCUCCUCUCCCUUUCCCCCUGUCCUCCUCUCCCUUUCCCCCUGUCCUCCUCUCCCUUUCCCCCUGUCCUCCUCUCCCUUUCCCCCUGUCCUCCUCUCCAUUUCCCCCUGUCAUCCUCUCCCUUUCCCCCUGUCCUCCUCUCCCUUUCCCCCAGUCCUCCUCUCUAUUUCCCCCUGUCCUUCUCUCCCUUUCCCCCUGUCCUUCUCUCCCUUUCCCCCUGUCCUUCCCUCCCACCUUUCCCCCCCCUCUCUCACAUCCCUUCCCUUUCCUACUGUCCUCUCCCACCAUUCACGCUUCUCUCAGCCAUCCCUUUCCCCCCUCCCCUGCCCCUCGCCUUCCCCCACUACCGUCCCUUCCCUUUCCACUACGUUCUCUCGUUCAAUUCAGCCAACACUGCACCAAUAG